CCCGUGGCCGUGACGCCACCCCCCUCUCUUCUCUUUCCCCUCGCAUUAAUGGCCGCUCCCUCGCUAUCCCCUUUGUCGUCUCGUCUCAUCUCGCCCCCUUCCGGCUUAACCCUCAAGAUUUCUCCCUCGCUGCUCCUCCUUCCCGCUUGGGCGGGCGCGGCACCUUCCGGUUCCGGUUUCCGGGGCCUCGGGCCUCGGCCUCAUAUAUAUAUACACGCGCGCGGCCGUCCCCUCUCUAUACCCCCUAGCAUGCUCGGCUCGCUCCCCGGAUUGAUCGAGCUCGCUCGUUGCAGAGAUGGACCCGGUGCCUCCCCCCUCCUCUUCUCGCCGGGCCGCCGCUGCUCCCGGCCCCUGCUGCCGCUUUGACGCGCUGCGGCGGGCGUGCGCCGGGAACGCCGCCGCCGCCGCGCGGGCCGCCGGGUGGGCGAUCGGCGCGCUGCUCACCUGCAUCUUCGCCGUCGUGGGCUCACUCGUCGGAAUCUUCAUUGGUGCCUUCAUGGGGAUGUCUACCGAAAGCGGCAUGUUCCGCGGGGCUGGUGUUGGAGCAGUUUCUGGAGCAGUCUUCUCCAUAGAGGCUGUUGAGUCCUGCAUCGAGAUUUGGAGGUCCAGCCAUUCAGGAAAAUACAGCAUUCUCUUUGUGCUGGACAUCAUCUCGAGCCUCUUCAGCGGAAGAAUUGUGUGGGAGAAAGUCAGUCCAGCGCUACAGCGUGCAGUGCAAAGCCAGAUGAGUCUAAUGAGCACACCGUUCAUCGACAACAGUGACCUUUUCGAAACCGGCAGUACAGGAGGCAUGUCAAGGGAUUUGAUUGAUAGGAUCCCAAAGACGAGGUUCAGUGCUGCUAGCAACUGUGAUCAGGAAACUGAUAGCAGCUGCUGCCCAGUCUGCCUCCAGGAUUUCGGAGCACGGCAAUUCGUGAGGGCCCUGCCUCAGUGCCAACACAUAUUCCACGUGCGGUGCAUCGACAGUUGGCUCCUCCGGCACGCGUCCUGCCCGCUAUGCCGGGCCGGUGUUCACAUAGACCAUAUACAUAUGUAAAUGAACUCGCAGGGUGGCACCUGGUGUAUUUUCGUAGCGAAUACCCGUGCUCCUGUUGGAUAUCACAAGUAUAGCUGUAUACAUAGGGUUUUUUUGCUCUCUCUUUUUGUCACUUCUUGAGACUUGCUUGUGUGGGGCUAUGCUUUCAGCUGCACGUUUUUGUCGAAGCAUGAUGCCUUGAUAUGUACAUCUGGAAAAUGGACCGACUAACAAGCUCCCUGAAUUCUGGCACUGUGCUUC